GCCCUACUGCAAGCAUCCAAGCACAGCUCAGUAACUACUAAGCUUUCCCAGCAAGCACUAGCAGUACAUUCUUUUACAGCAAGCCAACCUUUCGAUGGACCGGGUAACGAAUCUGGCAAGGCAGCAAGCCGUGGUGAUCUUCGGCAGGAGCUCUUGCUGCAUGUGCCACACGGUGACGCGCCUCUUCUGCGAGCUCGGGGUCAACCCCACGGUGGUGGAGCUGGACGAAGACCCGAGUGGGGAGGAGAUGACACAGGCGCUGGCAAGGCUCCUGGGCCGCAACCCCGCCGUGCCGGCCGUCUUCAUCGGCGGCAGGCUCACGGGGUCCACCGACAGGGUCAUGUCCCUGCACCUCAGCGGCAACCUCGUCCCGCUGCUCCGCAAUGCAGGUGCACUCUGGGUGUAGUGCUUACUGAGUUGCUUGCGAUGAUGGAGAAUAACGUAUACAUCCAUGCAUAUAUACGUGCUAGUACCGUGGCCCGUUAAGUAAAGGGAUUAUGCAGGCCAUUUUUUCUUGCACUGCAAUAAUAACCUGUAGAGGGGUAAUGCGUCGUGUAUGGAACUUUUGGACUGUAAUAGUGCUAAAACAUCUCUGGUUUCAGUAUCCUGCUA